AUGGAUGAUUUAGUUAAGAAUUCGAUGAACAUUCUGGAACCAUCACCUGUGGAUGCUACCGGGAAUGAUCGUGAAGAUGUAUUGUCAUCAUCUUCCCCUGUUGAUCUUUUGUUAUUGCCUGCCUGCGCAAUAACUUAUCCAUCUAUUUCAGAAAAAGGUGAAGUAAUAAGCACGCAUUACAAGCUAUUUUCUGCUGAUAUUCGUGACAUACCAAAACUGGACUCAGUUAUUCGCAUGGCUGAAAUGGAUCCUAGCUUGCCAACCUUUAUAAUUGCAGAGUGUGUGCUUAUUUACCUUGACCCGACUGCCACUGGUGCUAUCGGGUGCUAUCGUGAGUUGGGCAUCUCAAAGUUCUCCACUGCUGUCUUUUUCUUAUAUGAGCAGGUCGAAUCAUUCUCAUGGUGUACUAUAUUUUGCCUCUUAGGUGUAGCCUUUGGAAUUGAUGGCUAA